AUGGAAUUUUACAGGGAUGCCACGUGGGUUCUAGAAUAUAUCGAGCAGCAGGACUCGAAGGGACGAAUUUCAGGCUCAUUACAGUCACUCGUCUUGAAAAGUUGUCAAAAAUAUAAAUUAAAGACAAAUCCGAAGCAUAUCUAUGCUGUAUUGGAUUCAUGCUGGAAGUAUAAACCUUUCUUAGAGAAAGUCAUGAGUAAGUCAGGAAUAUUGAAGGAUAUCCCCAAGAAGAAGGGCAAACCGGUCUACACAAGACUCACUUUAUUACUUUUGAUUCAUGAUCUUUUACUCUCGAAACAAAAGAGAAUUCAAAUGGGUAAGCAUCCUAUUAAGCUUUUCGUACUCAGAUACAAGUCAAGAUUACAUAGUGAACUGGUUAAACUGAAACUUAAGGCUAAAGUUAGAGACUUAUCAGAACUAGUGGACACUGGUGAUUCUUCAAACGAUAUAACGCCUGUAAGAUGGUUCAGAAUAAAUCCAUUGAGAUGUCCAGACGCUUCUGCUGUAAUGAAGGAAUUGGAGAAAAAAUUUCCUCAAAGAGUCGAAAGUUGGGAAGGUAUAGUGCCAGGUUCCAUUUAUCACGACGAAUUCAUACCGUACCUAUUCGGUAUUCAUCCACAGGAUAAGAUCACUUCACAUGAACUGUACAAACAGGGGAGAAUUAUCAUACAAGACCGUGCGUCAUGUUUUCCAGCCCAUAUAUUGAAUCCUACUUUAGAAGAUAAGAUCAUCGAUGCAUGUUCUGCUCCAGGGAACAAGACCACACAUGUGGCGUCAUAUAUGUUUGGAAAUGGAUUAGUAGAUGAUGUUAGAAUUUUCGCAUUUGAGAAAGAUCCAGAAAGAGCUAAAGUGUUACAGAAGAUGAUCAAAGUGGCAGGUUGUUCUAAACAAAUCAGUGUCAAUGUUGGCGAUUUCACAAAGCUUGCCACCCCUUCAAAGUUCCCAGAUGUUACCGGUUUCAUCGUUGAUCCUAGUUGCUCAGGCAGUGGUAUCUUUGGUAGGAAAUACAUUGAUUCUUUGAAUCGUCAAAAGAAGACACAGGAUAUUGUAGAUAACGGUGUACCUGAUGAACAGGAAGAAAUGGCCGAAAAGGAAAAUGGUAAUCUACAAGAGCGUCUCUCAAAACUGUCUUCUUUCCAAUUCCAAGUUGUGAAGCAUGCAAUGAGUUUCCCGAAGGCAAAGAGGAUCGUUUACAGUACCUGUUCUAUUCAUGCAGAAGAAAACGAACGUGUAGCUCUAGAUUUACUGUUGGAUGAAAAAGUGAAACAAUGGGGCUGGAAGAUUGCGAAGAGAGAAUCUGUGAUCCCACAAUGGCCCAGAAGAGGGUUUGUCUCUGAAUUUCAAGAGAUAUUUAGAGAUAAAACUGCUAGUGAAUGCCAAGAAAUGGCUGACGGCUGCAUAAGAGCACUUCCAAGGGAAGACGGUGGCAUAGGUUUCUUUGCAAUAUGUUUUGAAAGAGAUAUUUGA